AUGGCCACAAACACAAUCGCACAGUCCGUCACGACAUCCAGCAUGAAUCCGUCACGCCAAGGCGAUGCUAUGGAGAUGUCUUCUUUGAGCCAGAGUCCAUUCAAUACCGAUGAAAAUACCGCACGAAAUGAAGAAGAGCCACCAGAACACGCUACAAGUGCAAUUCCUGAUGGUGGAUAUGGCUGGACAAUUGUCGCAUCAUGCUUCAUUCUACUCUUUUGGAUAAACGGAUACACUACAGCCUGGGGAGUCUUGCAAGCUGCCAUUGUUCAAUCACCUCGACUUCAUACUAAUAUUCGAACCAUCACCUUUGUUGGGAGUCUGUAUAUGGCCUGUAUGGUCGCUUUUGGCUUGAUAUCAGUCAGGCUGUCAAGAGAGUAUGGCAUAAGAAUCACCAGUGUCGUGGCGACAAUCUUCUUCGGGUCUGGUCUGAUCAUCACGAGUUUCACCCUUGAGCACCUGGCCGGGCUUUUCUGCAUUGCUGGACUACUCGUCGGGUUGUCAACAUCGCUGCUCUACACUGCGACGAACACCAUGCCCACUCAGUGGUUCAGCCGUAGACUCGGCACAGCCAAUGGAAUAGUCAAGGCGGGAGGUGGUGUUGGUGCAACUGUUCUUCCUCUGGCGACGCAAGCCAUGAUCGAUAAGGUUGGCCUUCAGUGGACAUUUCGAAUUCUCGGUGCUUCGAUUCUCGUGACAGGAAUCCCUUGUGCGUUUCUUCUCACAGAGCUCAGGCGUGGUGGAGCAACAUCGAGAUUCGACUGGUCACAGUUGAAGAGCAUGCCAUUUCUGACUCUCACCAUGUCAGGUGCAGUCGGAGUCUUCGCUCUCUUCGUGCCACCAUUCUUCUUACCAGUAUUCGCGAGGUCGAUAGGACUUUCAGCGUCAACAGGUGCUGGGCUUGUCGCGGGUUUCGGCGCAUCCACAGCCGUCGGACGUCUCUUCGGCGGCUGGAUCUGCGAUCGCAUGGGUGCUUUCAACUCUUUGGCCCUUGCAGCUCUGAUCAACAGCGUAUCAAUGCUAGCAAUCUGGCCCGUCAGUUCAUCGCUCCCUCCACUCUUCGCCUUCGCAAUCAUCAACGGAUGUGCGAACGGGAGCUUCUUUGUUGCACUGCCGACAGCUGUAGCUGCACUUGCGCCUGGAUCAGCUGCCGCUUCUAUCAGUCUCAUGACGUCGUUCUGGACACCGGGAUACUUGAUGGGAGCGCCUUUGGCGGGGAUCCUGAUCGAUGCUGCCGGUGCGUCUGAGGCUUCGUCGAUUGAGCCGUAUAGAGCGGCCAUCUUUUAUGCGGCUGGUGUUGGGUCUGCUGCAACAUUUCUGAUUGUCGUAUCAAGGCUUAUAUUGAGUAAGAAGUUGAUCAAGAGGUUGUAG